AUGUCCUGCUCCAGCCUGUGCGUCCCCACCUGCGGGGUGGCCACCCCGGCCCCUCUGGCUGACACCUGCAACGAGCCCUGUGUGCGGCAGUGCCCCGACUCCACGGUGGUCAUCCAGCCCCCGGCCUCAGUGAUCACCUUCCCUGGGCCCAUCCUCAGCUCCUUCCCUCAGCAGAGCGCCGUGGGCUCGGCCGGAGCUCCCUACGUGGGAGCCGGCUCUGGGGGCGCCUUUGGGAGCCGUGGGGGCUACGGGGGCUAUGGGGGCUACGGGGCCCUUGGGGGCUAUGGAGGUUAUGGAGGCUGGGGCUAUGGAAGCCGUGGUCUCUAUGGGGGUUGGGGCUAUGGAGGCCGUGGAGGCUACGGCGGUUGGGGAUGCGGAGGCUACGGAGGCUGGGGCUAUGGAGGCCUUGGCAACUGCGGCUACGGCGGCUGGAGCAGCGGCCACCGCUACCUCAAUGGCAACUGCGGGCCCUGCUAA